AUGGAGCCAGAUUCCAGCCUAGCGCCGGAUAGCAUUCCCCCAGACACCAUGAAAGCGACCCCUUCGCCCGUAGUAGUCGACGCUAAGGCGGCUAUCGCACCCGUGCCGCGAGCAAGCGUUGGGCUCAAAGCCACGUCGGAGAAAAUCUUCGUGUCGGUCCGCGUGCGACCGUUGAACAGGAAGGAGGCGGCGAGCGGGGAUAGGGUAGUGUGGCGGAUUCAGGAACCCAACACGCUCCAUUUCCUGGAGCCGCUUCCGGAACGGUCGCCGUACCCAGCCGCUUACAGUUUCGACCGUGCGUUCGGUCCCGCGUGUCCGUCGGAUCGGGUCUACGAGGAAGGAGCCAAGAACAUUGUGCUGUCAGCGCUGUCCGGGAUCAACGCGUCGAUCUUUGCGUAUGGUAUGACAAGCAGUGGGAAGACUUACACCAUGGAGGCUGUUACUGAUCUUGCUGCUUGCGACAUCUUCACGCACAUUCGGAGUAACCCGCAUCGCAGCUUCCAGGUGAAGCUGUCAGCCAUUGAGAUCUACAACGAGAUUGUCAGGGACCUCCUCAACCCUGACUCCGGGCCCCUCAGGCUCCUCGAUGAUCCCGAGAGAGGCACAGUGGUGGAGCGACUGACGGAGGUGGGCGUGGAGUCCAAGGGCGAGUUGCAGCAGCUGCUGGUGCAGUGUGCGGCGCACAGGGAGGUGGGCGAGACGUCCCUCAACGAUGCAAGCUCGAGAUCUCAUCAAAUCAUUCGCCUGCUGGUGGAGAGCUGUCCCAGUGCAAUGUCACCAGCGUCACUACCUCCACCGCCUCCACCCGCCACAUCCGUGCCAGCAGACCCUGCUGCCGCCCAAAUGCUCUCCGCCACGCUCAACUUUGUGGACCUGGCGGGCAGUGAGAGGGCGUCUCAGACGCACGUGGCGGGCACGCGCCUCAAGGAGGGGUGCCACAUCAACAGGAGCCUGCUCACGCUUGCGACGGUGAUCCGCAAGCUGAGCACGGGCAGCAGGGCCAAGGCAGGGCACAUCCCCUACCGGGACUCGAAGCUCACGCGCAUACUGCAGCAGUCACUGGGGGGCAACGGGCGCACUGCCAUCAUCACCACCAUCAGCGCCGGCAGGACCCACCUCGACCAGACACGCAACACCCUCGCGUUCGCACUGAGAGCCAAGGAGGUCACCAACUCGGCCUGUGUCAACGUGGUGGUGACGGAUAGGGCGCUGGUGGAGCAGCUGCAGAGGGAGGUGGCGCGGCUGGAGGGCGAGAUGAGAAUGCGGCCGUCCAGAGAGCAGUUCCAUCAGCAGGCUGUGCGCGUGCAGCAGUUGGAGGCGCAGCUGUCGCAGGCGGCGAGGCAGCAGAGCGAGGCACUCGCGCAGGUGCAGCACCUCACACACGCGCUCUCCGCUGCCUCCUCCUGCCACGCCCGCUCCCAAGGCGGGUCCCACGGCAGGCGAAGGGCGCAGGCAGCCUGGCAGAGCAGCAAGGUUCACCCAAUUUCCAGCAUCAACGUCUCAGAGUCAUCCGACGACGAGGCGGACGGCUGGGAUCGCUUCACGCCAACCUGCUUCCCAGCAUCCAAGCCGUUGGAUCUCGUGCUGCCCACGUGCUUCCCGGGAAGCUUCACCAGGCGACCCAGACCCAGCAAGCAGCAAAGGGAGAAAGACGCCUCCUUCCAUCCCUCCGCUGCCGCCGCCGCCGCCGCUGCUGCUGCUGCUGCUGCUUCUCCUCCUGCUGCAUUUCUUGCAGCCGAGGCGAACGGCAUGCACACACAGGGGGUGAUGGAUGGGAAGGUAGCGCCAGGGGAAGGGGUGGCACAGCUGGCAGGUGGGCUGGUUGUGGGCGGCAGAUGGUUGUCUUCUAGUAACAGUGGCUGCGAUGCUGCAGGGGAGGAUGGUCAUACCCGUGGGAUCUCCAAGUCGAGAUUUGCCAGCAGCAGCAGCAGCAGCAUGGGAGGGCGGAGGGAGAGAGGCGAGGCUGGUGAAGCGACCUUGGGUGUGAGCGGGAGAGGAGGAGAGCAGCAGGCGCGUGCAGCAAGGGGACGGAUGACAUGGGAGGAGAAUGCGAGAGGGAGGGAGGGAGAGCAGCAGUGGGAGCAGCACGAGGGAGGGGAAGCCGACGAGCGAGACAUGAGCCAGGGGAGGAGGGGCGGGAGGCUAGGAAGAGACAAGGAUGGCUCGUUUGGCAGAGAGAGCGUGUCCCGCCAGUCCCUGCAGUCCCUCCAUUCACUCCAGUCGCUGGAAGCGUGGGUGGCGGGGGACAGGGCGAGGGAGAGGAGGCGGCGGCGCAAGGCUGUGAGUGCCAAGGUGCUGGCGCUGAUGCAGGAGAUCCAGCGCCUGGAGAAGCUGCAGGACGCCCUGGGGGACGACGUGGGGCGCGCCAUGGGGGCGUUGCAGGGGGAGAUGGAGCGCAUGAGAGCCAGGCAGACUGGCCAGCCGCAUGGGCACAGGCAGGGGCACGGGCAGGGGCAGGGGCAGGGGCAGGGGCACGGGCAGGAGAGUGAGAGUCUGUCAGAGGGAGGCGUUCAAACGCCGCUUAGUCACCUGUCUGGGAUCCUGACGCCCCCGUUCCACUGUGUGUCUGGGCUGCUCACCCCCUCCUCCAACAUCUCCUCCUGCUACGCGUCUGGCCUCCUCACCCCUCUCUCUCACCAACUCUCUGGCCUUCUCACGCCCUCCCUCGCCUCCCAGCCUGUGUCGGGGGAGGAGAUGAGAGAGACUGUGCUGCUGUGGGACCGCUGCCAGGUGUCGCUCAUCCGUCGCACGCAGCUGUUCCUCGUGCUGAUGCAAGGAGAGCCGUCGGAUCGGGUGUACCUGCAGGUGGAGAGGCGCCGGCUGCAGUGGCUGGUGCAGCACGUGGGGGCAGAGGAGAAGGCAGCCAGGGAGAGGGAGCUUAGGAAGGAGAGGGAGUACCUAGCCCAGCGAAUGGCCUAUUGCUUCACACUCCACCACCGUCUCGAGCUCUUCCGCCAAUGGGGCAUUGCCACGUCAUCGCGCCAACGCAAGCGCCAGCUGGUUGGGCUCCUGUGGAGCCGACCACUGGAUGAGCGCCACGUGGAGGCUAGCGCUCGGAUCGUGGGACGGCUGACUGGGAUGGUUGAAAGUAGCACGGGGGAAGGAGGUGGGGAGAGAGGAGGUGGCGCUGGUUGGAAGGGAAGCGGAGGGCGGGACGGGUUGAGACUGUGCAAGGAGAUGCUCGAAUUGUGGCUGGUAGUGCCCUCGGGAUACCGAGGGCUCAUGCCAAAGCGACGUCGAAAAUGGUUUUGA